GGAAGUUUGGGCGGUGGAUAGCAAUUGUGAGACAGAGGAUGCGAAGGGCUGGCAAAAGGCACGCAAUCCUCUUCUUCGAUCACAGAAUCAUGGAGGUCGUGUGAUAAAAGAGGGUAGGCUUGCACAGACGCGUCGGGGGCGGUGUCAGUCAGGAGUUUAAUAGUGGUAACCGUGACAGUCGACGCCUUCGCGGAAGGGGGUAUUCGAGGGACUGCAUAGUUCCCCGAGGCGUAGUGAGAGCCCUUCUGGACCCCAUGCUACUGAGAACGAACAGCCCAAGCAUGCAUUUCCAUACGCACCUUCGCAGCCAACCAACACGAGGGCAGUGCUUUUGACCCACGCACAUUCCCGUGAGGAUCGAUACCGCUCUGUCUCGAUGUCGUCCACGAACGAUGUGCGCUAGCGCCAGUCAACCCGCAAAACUUCGCCGGCUAAAUCCCUGCAGUACUUCUUCCUGGUCAAAGGAAGCAGUGUCAGACGCGACGGAGGCUCAUUCAUAACUCCUUCUUCCUCGGGCAUUCGGAACCAGGAAUGCAUGACAUGCAACUACUGCGCGCACACCAAUUUCCCUAGCCCAUGAAAUUACGAUGAGGUUGGCUUGUCGCAACGGCUGCGCUCGACCCGGAGGAGGCCUGUCGACGCGUCGCAGGACACAGCUCGCCCUCGUCCAGAGAAUCGAGAGUAUUGCCAGUGGGAUUGACUUCGGGGGCUGGACUUUCGUCGACAUGUCCUCUGCAUUCCUCACCUCGCUGUCUGUGACGUAGGGUCUGAAGCGUGUCAAGGCAGAAGGGGAGACCGAGAGCGCGGUGUGGCAAACGUCGAGUAAGG